GGGACGCUUGUAGUCCUCUUUAGCGAAGAUGUAUGGGCCAGGUCUUUGCCACUUCUAUCGCCUACCUGGUCAUUUCAUUCGAGACUGUCCUUUUCGUAACAACCCAAAUGGAGCUGAGAUGGAGGCGAGCAUACAAGGAGCAAUGACCAAUGGCGGGCAGAACGGUAAUCAUGGACUACUACCAGCGCCAUCAUCUUCUUCUCAGGCGGCUGGUACAUCGGCUGUAUCCAACGCCAUCGUACCGUAUCAGGCUCCGCAGAACCGUGGCGGAGGCGGAGGUGGUUACUACGGUGGCUAUGGGAACAACAACUACCGGAGUAAUCAAGGUUCUGGUGGACAUUGGUAUGCAAAGCCGUGGGGAGGCGGCUACAGAGAUGCUAAUAACGACGAACGCUUCGAUAGGAUAUACGAGCUUCUCGCAGAACAGGCAGAAGAACGGGAGAAGCGGAAGCAGGAGGAAAUUAAGCUCGAGCUAUUGGAGGCAGAGAAGAAUAAGCUACAGGAGGAGGACGAACGGAAUGCUCAAACAAAGAAGGAAAAAGAACAGCAUGAGGCGAGACUGGGAAAGAUAGUGAGAAACAGCAUGAAGGCCAUAUGUGAAUCCGUUUUAGGGAAGAAAGUGGAUCUUCCGGAUGAAGAGGAGUCACAGGUCGGAAAGCUAAGACGUGAGCUGGAGGAGUUAAAGGCAAGAUGUGCGGGAGAAAAAGCGGAGUCUAGCCUAGACGUGCUUCAUAGGGAGAAGGAAGCUCUCCAGAAGGCACAAGUCUUGAGUAGUGAAGAGGAGGCCUUAAGAAAGGAGAUUGAGGGGUUGAAAGCACGGAUCGUCAAAGGUAAAUUUGUUGACAUCUCCUCUGGAAGUUCGCAGAGUGAUGAGAUAGCGGCUCUUCGGCUGCAAAUCCAAGAGUUGGAGGAAGUCCGUCUGGCGCUUCAGAGCAGGAGCAGCGAGUUGAGCUCCUUGAAGGCCGAGAACUCUUCUCUCAAGAAGGAUUUUCUCGAUCUUAAAAGCGAGAUGGCCGAUCUCAAGAAUGCUAGCAAUAAGAGGACAUCGGAGGUUGUCAUCGAGAAAAGUCCACCGGUGGAACCCGAGAAAGGCAAACAGAGGAUGGUACCCAUUGGCGAUGCGGUUUACACUCCCAGGGACCUCGAGGCUCUUCAGAAGGCUUACAAGAAGGCGUUGGCAGGAGAAGAACCCGCCAACAAGGAGACAAUCUUUCUCAAAGAACGCAUGGCAUGGCUAGGGGCCCAGGUACUGACCAAGCAACGGUCAUCGGUGCGGCGACCAUCUUGGAGGAAGACAACGCCGCGAAACCUGAGACCGGCCUUAAGUGCCGUCCAGAUCGAGGAUGAUGAAUCGAAUAAGGAGGAUCAUCAGAAAACGAAGGCGAUGGGAGAUUUGGCGGAAAACGCCGAGGAUGAGCAGCUGCAGAAGCUUCAGGAAAAAGAGAGACGGGUUUUGCGCCCUUUGAAGAAAGGCGAUAUGGUAAAGCUAUGUGAUGAUGAGGGGAUAACCUACAUUAAGCUGGAUCAGUCAAAGGCGGAUGUAGCUAAGAUUCGGACUCGAAGAAGAUUUGCGGAGUGGCUGAAAGAUCAAGGCGUCCAGGAUGACGAGGAGGAUCAGCAGUACGCCACUUCUACCGAGGAGGUCAACGAAGAAUGAGGUCGCGCCCCGAGUGUUUCUUCACUAUGGAAAUGGGCUCUAUUUUUUUGAGAUUAUCGAAAGUCUUUGCUU